UCAUGCUUGCUUGCCAGGCCCGUAAUCUGCCAUGGGCCCCCGUAACCCGACUCCUACAAGCUGCUGCCAGGCUCCGUAAUCUGUCAUGGGGCCCCCUGUACCGCCUCCUCAUGCUGCUGCCAGGUACCAGAGUGUGUCAUGGGUCCCUGUACGGCCUCCCAUUGAUGCUGUCUCCAUCGCCACACUCUGCCAUGGUGCUCUGUAUGGCCUCCCAUUGCUGCUGCCAGGCCUCAGGCCCGUAAUCUGUCAUGGGCCCCUGUACCACCCCCGCCUCCUCAUGCUUCUGCCAGGUCCAGAGUGUGUCAUGGGUCCCUGUAACGGCCUCCCAUUGCUGCUGUCU